AUGACAGUGACUCGGCAGCCCCCAGAUACCAUUAUACCGCUAUUCAGACCAGGUGUCUCACUUAAAAUUGCAGAAACUGCAACUGCCACAGCUCGCGCCUUAGUGGAUGCCAACCUUCCCUUCUCGCUAGAAAAAAUACACACGAUCUUAUGGCAGAAGCUCACUACAUAUCUGUGGCAGCCUAUUCAGCAGGAACAAAUGGGGUAUCCUUUCCAGCGCUAUAUUUACAGCGAGGCUAACAAGGCAUUUGCCUUGGGAGGCAGUUUCAUGGGGGCGACAAAAAACGCAGCCACCCAAAUGCCCUGGCAGAUGCCCUGUUAGCCUCAUUUCAUGGGGUGACCCAAGAGCUGGCCGGCUGGCAACCUCAGGGCCCCCUCACCCCCCAAGGUGGGCAGCUGCUCUUCCUGCUCAGCUCCCUCGCGUGCUGCUUAGGGAUGCCGGGAGCCAGAAUAUGACGUCAAUCCGGCUCCGAGAAUCACUAAGCGGCCUUGAUAAAGGCAGCCAGGAGGUGCCAAAACGUUGGGGGAUAUUAGAUCCCGUCAGGCCAAUUCACCGGCAAGUGAACGAACCCCUCGAAACAGACAAACGCCCGUCAGCAGCAAGGAGCAGGACCACCGCGAAGCGUCUGCACAGCAAAACCACGAGGGAGGAAAAAUCCAGCGGUCGGCAAGUGCAAAGAAAACGGAGAAGCAACCAAGGAGACCGGACCACGUGGAUACAGGUGAGUGUGAGUGUAAGUCGCCAGACCAACUACAGUAAUGUGGGAGAGGACUGGAUGCCCUCAUGAAGGGGACCCAAGCCCCUCCCACAACUACAGGCCCAUCCUUAAAUAUACAAAACAACUCUAGACAGGGUCUUAGUACUGCCACAGUACACUGUGGAUGCAGACUGAAAUAGUAUAACAACAAAUGUUUAACACUGCUGGCAAGCCACCCCUGGGAAGAUGCAUUUCGGAAGGAUGCCUUCCUCUGGUGCAGAUCCAGCCCCGCAGUGUCCCUCUCCCUAUAAACAGGGUCCAUGUUAGGUUCCCACAUUGUUUGCAGGUAUAUCAAGUAACCGGACUUUCCGUCAUGUCAUAUGUAGACCCACUGAAACGGAAGUCAUGCGAUUUGAUAUGGAUGCAGGCCACUGAAUACAGAAUAGAACUGGAUACACCUAAAAACAAUGUGUGUACCUAAUAAGGACCGUGUUUAUAGGGAUAGGGACAUAAUGGGGCUGGGUUUUGUGGCUAGAUAACGGUGUUAAGUAUUUGUUUUUAUACGUUUGCAGCCUGCCUUCACUGUGUACUGUGACAAUAUUAAAUCCCUGUGCGCUAAUGAUAGAUAUAGUUCUGGGGUGCAUAAGUCACAUGUGCCAGAGGUGUAACUAGCCCCUUGCUCAAAAGUGCAGAAUACUCUGUAUGUGCAGCGUUUCUAGAAGCUGAAGUGGUCAUGGUGGCUUGAGUAACCCUUUAAUACUUCCCAAUAUUGGAAAAUAUACAAUGUUAUUAUUCGUUAUCAGUGAAAAUAAAUGUUACGUGUAAUAUAGUUUUAUUGUGUUUUAUUUGUAAUUAAAUAUUACUUAACCCCUUAAGGACACAACUUCUGGAAUAAAAGGGAAUAUUUCCAUCAUGUGUCCUUAAUGGGGUUAAUAAUCUUUUUAGUGCGUUUUCCUUUUGCUCUUUGGAGUAGGCCAUCUAGGUUAGAAGCAUCACUAAUCUGAUUGGACCAUGCAUAAAUUAAAUGUCUGAAACCACCCGAGAAUGUAUUUUUGGCUGCUUGGUGCUUGUAUAUGAUGUCAGGAUUCAUGCCAGCUCUUUAGAUUAUCUGCACUGGUCUUUUGGUCAGAUGCUCUGGGCUUUCAAAAAAAGAGGACUAAAAGCUGUUGGCUUCCAGACAGCAAGGGUAUGCUAAUAGAUACAGUGUAAAGAAGCAUUCACUUAUACAAUACUGUCAUAAAUGCAAUCUUUUAUUUUAAAUACUAAAAAAUAAAUACCAUUUCCUUGAUAACCCCGAUAAGAGAAAAGGGAAAAAAAGAUGGUCAAAGAUGACAACAGAAAAAGAUAAAAAAACUACAAGCAUUCUAAGCAUCUAACAUUUUUUAAAACAUGUCUCUAUUACGUAUACUUAUCUCAACGUAAACAGGGUCCAUUCUGACCAAUCCGAUGCUAUAACUCUUAACUCCUCCACCAACCUCUUACCAAAUCACCUACUGUCCCAAAAGUUGCAAACUCAAGCAGUAAAUUUGACUUAUGUAUGGAAAAUGAUCAUUCAUGGUACUUUUAAAAUGGCUUUUCUUUACAUCAAUAUUUUUCAAUAAGCUGUUUACACUAAAUUUGCAUCAAACGUAUACCUGUGACCUAUUUAUGAGAGUUAUUCUAUAAAUGUCUAUUUUUGUUACAACACCAACAUGUAUGAAGAAAGUAUGUAAAAAGUAAUAUUAACGAAAAACCCCUUUUAACAAUUUCCUAUAAAUAAGCAUUUGUUUUACAAUGUAAGGAUUAUAAUUUCCUUGAACCUGUUUCCAUUAUAAUAAGCAAAGCAGAAAUUCCCCACCCUUUGCAAUGGAAUGGCCCUCGAGUUACGAAAGGGUGGGUCGCCUCUCAGCAGGUAUAAAACCAUUUGCUUCUGCAACUUUAUACCACUGACUUGACAACUGCAGCCAGCCCUCGUCUGCUCAUCAUCUGCUAUCCAAAACCACGACAUGCGAUCUGUAAAACACUUAGUUACUGCAGCUCUGAUCCUCUUUCUCUUGCUACAGUCUUCUGAUGGUAAGAUUACUUAAAAAAGAAAUGAAAAGAUUUUUUUUCUUCUUUGUAUGUUUUAUGUCAGUUUUCAUAUUAGCUACAUAUUAUUUUUUUAUUUACCUUUAGCUUGCAAGUUUUGUAUUUCUUUCCCCAGUUUCCCUAAUUAUUGCUAUACAUUUAUACAUAAUCAAUGCGGUUUUUGUUCAUUUUUCCGACAACAUAGUUGUUUUUCCAGGUCUGAUAACUGAGUAUAUUUUUGCAUUUUCAUGUAUUUUUGUUUUAAUUGCACUUCAUUAACAAACUACCUACAAUUCAAUCUUUGUAAUCAGUUUUUUCUCUCUUAGACACUGGUGUUACCGAGUAUAUAUAGAACUUUAUGAGUCUUUAUUAACCUUAAAUCCAAAACUACAUUAUCAUUUUAAAUGAGUUUUAAUUUAUUAAUUUAAAAUCCAAAAACUUAAUUUGUAUUCCUUUACUACAGAGAUUUCAUAUUUCGGUGCCACGCUUUUAAAAGCACCCCAGGGUUAUUCUACAAAGAGCAAGUGUAAACAUGUCUAUUCUAAAACAUUCUUCAUAGAAAACAUUAAAUGUAGACAAAAGUUACAUUAAAACACAUUAAAAAUGGAAAGUAUAUAUAUAUAUAUAUAUAUAUAUAUAUAUAUAAAAUAUAUAUAUAAGCCAGCUAUACUUCCAGUAACUUGUAAAUUAGCUAUGAAUUCACUUUGAAUUCUCACUUUACUGAAUAACCCUAUCCCUGACACUAUUGAAUGAUUUGGUCACGACGAUUUACUGCACCACUUAUGGCAUGAUCAAAUCUUACUUAGCCAGAGAAUGGCUUUUUGAUCGCUCUCAUGAUGCUCAGGGCCCACAAUGCCCAAAGUUAACUGUUUUUUAUGGCACACGUCUUCUCUACGGACUGGGAAUUUUCAACCCAGGGUAUAGAUGUUUUUUACAGUGCUAUACGAUGAUGCAUGGAAUUUUUCUGUUGACGAAACCAUUUAAAGAAUAAAUUAUUUUCAGACAAAAACGUAAAGGGUUUCUCUGUGCCAAUUUUUCCCAAACCAUUCCUCAUGGCAAAGCAACUGUCCAGGUUUGGUCUAAAAUCUACAAAUCCUAGAUUUGCUAUAAUGUGAGUUUUAUAUGUGAGUUUUAUUAUUACAUUCUCAACGAUUUUCAUUUUGUUACACAGGACUUCGGGAUAAUUUUAUGUCGUGCUGCACUCAGCUGGCCAAACGUAUCCCCAAAAACAUGCUACAGCAAGUGACCAAGGUCCAUUUCCAAAAGAAGGAUGGUAUCUGCAAUCUACAAGCCAUCGUGUAAGUGUUUAAAAGGUCAUGUGGUAUAUGGACACAUGGGGACUUUGUAAUUAUAUAAAAAAAAUCCAUGGCAGCAGUUCUCAACAUGUGGUACGUAUAUGUGUGUAUCUAAAUAUUUAUAUAUAUAUCAAUAUAUAUAUACACACACACUGACACAACACACAUGCAAAUACACAGACACACACUGACACAUAUGCAGAUACAAAGACACAGACAAAAACACUGACAUGCAUAUAGUUACAGAGACACUGAUACACACACUGAUACACAUACAGAUACACAGACAUACAGAAACAAACAGUGACACACAUAUAGAAACACAGACACACACACUGACCCACACAAACAUAUACAUAUAUAUAUACAUUUAUUCCUGGUGCAGAGGAGAAGCAGGGGGAGCCUGGGGCAGAAUAAGAACAGAAGAGUCUGGGGUGGAGGAGAAGCAAGGGGAACCUGGGGCAGAGGAGAAGCAGGGCAGCUUGAGCAGAGGAAGAGCAGGGGAGUCUGGAACAGAGGAAGAGCAGGGGAGACUGGAACAGAGGAAGAGCGGGGGGGGCCUGGAACAGAGGAAGAAUAAGGGAGCCUGGAACAGAGGAAGAGGAAGGGAGCCUGGAACAGAGGAAGAUCAGAGGGUAGGGGGCUAGAACAGAGGAAGAGGAAGGGAGCCUGGAACAGAGGAAGAGCAGGGGAGUCUGGGCAGAAGAGAAGCAGGAAACCUAGGGCAGAGAAAAUGGAGAGAUGGGGCAGAGAAAAUGCAUACAUUUGAAAUAAAAGCAACUGUAUUAAUUGCAAACAUUUUUCAUAUAUGAGGCCACAUUAUGGAAAUAAGCUGCCAAUCGGUACACAAGUAAAAAAAAAAAAAAAAGAGCUGGGAACCGCUGCUUUAUAGGAUUCAUGCGAAAUUGCUAUUUUUGUAUUUCUAUAUUCUCUGUUUAGUUGUGAUGUUGAUUAUUCAAGAUACAAAUAGAAGCUGGUAUGCCUUUUCUAAGGUUAAUAGAGAACUGUAAUGUCCUGGAAUGUAUAAUAUUAAGAUUACUAUAUUGUCCAUAUUUAACAAAUAUGUAUUUUGAGAUGUGUGAAAAAUAAAUUAAAAUGUACCUGUCAUGACAUAUCCAACAUUAAAACAUAUGUAAAUUGUGCUAGAAGGAAUGCUAGAAAAUGUAUACAUUUUAAUUUCAUGUCCUUUGAAAGUUUGGUCCAUACCCCACAUGUCAAUCAAUCUUCAGCAUUAGCCCUGUAUGCCUGUGGAAUGUUGGUUUAAGCAGAGGAUUGUAUUCUGCGCAUGCACCGUUUUAUUUUGAGUCUUGUGCACCCUUGUGAUAUAGGCAUGGGUAGUCCUUUAUUUGGUGGUUCCCUGGAACCCUUUUUUAAAUCUAGGAGUUGGCCGGUGAAGGUGUUUUCUCCUUUGUUGGAACCAUGCACGCCAGUAGCUUUAAGCGCUUUGCGCCUUUUCCUUUAAGUUGAGGCGCUCACCAAGAAAGGGGCUGUUCCCUGUUUCUUCGUGUAUAUGGCAGACACACUUUUGUGAGGUCUCUGUAUGGGUCAGGAGCUUUGCGCAUGCACAUUCUUGCGCCAUUUUAUUAUUUGAAUACAUUGUAUUAUUUGUACCUGCACAUUUAGAGCAGAAGGAAUUUCUGCUUGCGUCCACCUUCGGUUAAAAUGCUCCGUAUGUGUUUCAUACGUGCUCUGGGCUGGUUCUUUUUUUCGUUUUUAUUAUAUGUAUUUGAUGCAUCUUAUUACCUACCUCCAAUUCUCUCCUGCAAAUUGACACAAGGGGCCAAGUAAUAACUUACUUUGUUGCUCUAUUUUGAUUGGUUUAUGAUGCGAUGUGUGUAUAAUUAUGCAUUUUGUUUUUAUGUGGUACUAGCUUAACAAAGACCUUGAAACAUUGUUUUGAUCUAAUAAAUCUGCUUUAUCUUUCAACCUUGUGAGUGCCUAAAGCCCCUUCUUCUAUGUACCAUAUGCUAAAUAUUAGCAGCUCCUGCUUCAGUAGACGGCAUGCACCAUGUGGUUUCCAGGAAUUGAGUGCGGUAUCUCUUCUGUGUUAAGCAAGGGAUUGACGCUGAUGUUCUGGCACUAAGCUAGACUGUCAGCAUCAUCAGUAUUGAUUUGCUUGUGACAGUGUCCCCAAGUGGGACAAACUGCGGCAAAGAGAGGGCAGCAGCAGACGAUGGGUAUUACAACAGAGUAACAAGCACUGCCCUCCAAGAAUGGGGCAGUGUUUAACAAACUGUCGAACCUAUAUGUUCUGGGGUUUAUGUAGACCUUGCCUUAUCCUUGCCAUGUGUAUCCACUAAAACUAACAGAAAGGCAACAAAAUAAAGAAGAUAACAUUAGUUGUAAAUAAUAGUUUCCAGCACUAUUGCAGUUUGGCACCAGUGUUACUAAUAGACUAUCAGCACUAAAUCAUAUAGAUUAAAAAAGAAAAAAAGCACAGAUUACAGUCUGUACUCACAAGUGAAAUCCUAUUUAUUUGCAGAGUAUCGGUGAGCAACUCAAACAUUUUAGGGAAAACAUCUCUCCCUCAGUGAAAAUAGCCACUAUGGUGGAGACUCCUUGUCUAUGGCUUCUACGGGGAAAAAACAGGCAAGGGGAAAAAAAAGAGUCCAAAGGAUCUCUGUUUGAUCAAACAUGUGUGCGUUGCCAUGUGUGUGGAGUUUUUAAUCAUCUUAUUGGUACUCACCAGUUUGCACCCUGGUCUUAGAACUCAUUUACUUUAUGCUCCUUAUCUACAAGGCUCAGCAAUGUCCAACCAAAGCACUAUAGCAGCUACGUUAUCUCCCUGUACAUGUUCGCUUCCCAAUAAAAGAAUAUAUUUAACAAUGAUGCCAGACUGUGAAGGGGAUGACGUCAGCUUCCAGUCAUAUAAAAUGUGAAACACUUCCUCAGGAAUCUCUUUACAGUUUGAAUGUAUUAUGACCUUAAGGUUUCUGUUACAGUAAUGUAUACGUGCUGCCAGUUAAUGUAGCCCAACCAUUUUGGAUUAAAUUUGAUUAUUUCCAACAUAGUCAUUGAUUUAUUAAGAUUUCCAAAUGAUUCAAUACAGUUAGAAACAUUUUCUAAAUGACUUAUCAACAGCAUUCACCAUUAAAGUUGAUGAAAAUGUUAUGUAGAUAAAUCCUUUCUAAAGCGUUUCUAACAGUAUGGAAUCAUCUGGAAAGCUCCAAGCUUUGCAGCAUUUUAGCCCGCUCUACAUUUAAAAUUUCCUGCGGACAUCUUCAGGUUUUGUUGUAAAUGUUUCCUGAUGAACCUUGGAUUGACAUUUGGGUGGACUUUGCAGAGAAGUUAGCAAACUCCUAAGGUAACGCGUUUGUGGUUGGCGACCUCUUUUGCCUUUUUUUGUCGACACAAGAAGAUGACAAAGAUACUCAAGGAAGAUUUGUAGGGUUAUUUGUUCUGGUAUAUGUCUGACAGGUUGUUGUUACUCAACUUCUCCUACCCUAACCACUGAAGUCUAACCAGACAGAACUAACCAAACCAAAGACUGUAGCAGUAGAUUUUAAUCUUCUGUAACAACGAAUGGAAUAACAGAGUGUCACUGCUUCCCCUAGCUCAGUGGUGGCGAACCGGUGGCACGCCGCGCCCCCUCUGUGGGCACGCGGCCAUAGGUCGCCGUGCGCUCCGCCGGCGCAUCCAUAAGGCGGCACAAGUGGCCGCCUUAGGGCGCACCGGCCCGGCGGGCGCAAAGCCGGAGUGACCGGCAGGAGGUGCGUCCAUAGCGCAGAGCGCUCCCUCCUGCCAGGCGCUCUGUGUAGCGUGGCCAAGCACACCGCGGUACAGGAACUUAUGUUUCCUGUACCUGGGCGGACGGAAAUGAAGUGCUCACAGAGAGAGCACUUCCUGUCCUCCGGGUACAGGAGACUGAGCUCCGCAGCGCUCGGCCACGCUACAAGGUAGGAGACUGAGGGAGAGAUUGGGGGGGGGGAGACUGAGGGAGAGGAGGAGGGGGGGGGAGACUGAGGGAGGAGAGGAGGGGGGAGACCGAGGAGAGAUGGGGGGAGGGAGACCGAGGGAGAGGUGGGGUGGAGGACUGAGGAGAGAUGGGGGGAGGAGACUGAGGGAGAGAUGGGGAGGAGGAGACUGAGGGAGAGAUGGGGGGAAGGAGACUGAUGGGGAAGGAGACUGAGGGAGAGAUGGGGGGAAGGAGACUGAGGGAGAGAUGGGGGGAAGGAGACUGAGGGGAGAGAGAUGGGGGGAUGGGAGGAGGGGGGGACAGAGAGGGGGGACGACAUACACACAGCACCCCUGCCCUACACAUAUCACCCCACAAAAAGACACACACACACACACACCACCCCCCCCACACACAAACACACCACCCCACACACAAACACCCCACCCACACACAUCACUCCACCCACAAACACAUACACUGUACCCCUCAAUGCAGUGUGUGAACACUCAGCAGUCUGUCUGUGUGUGUACACUCAGCAGUCUGUCUGUGUGUACACUCAGCAGUCUGUUUGUGUGUGUACACUCAGCAGUCUGUCUGUGUGUGUGUGUAUUUAGCAGUCUGUGUGUGUGUAUUUAGCAGUCUGUGUGUGUGUAUUUAGCAGUCUGUGUGUGUAUUCAGCAGACUGUGUACUCAGUAGUCUGCUAAAUACAGACAGACUGCUAAGUACACAGACAGACUGCUAAAUACACAAACAGACAGACUGCCGAGCACACACACAAACUGCUUAAUACACACACAGAGAUGUUAAUUAGUUCGGACAACUGUAUGAGUUGUUUUUUCUAAACUUAAACCUCAGUAUUCAGGUUUAAAUGCCGUUUUGGCACUUUGAGGGGAAAAAAUUGGCAUGUAUUACGGUUUGGGCACUCUGGCUCAAAAAGGUUCGCCAUCACUGCCCUAGCUGAUUUAUUAGUUGAUAAUUCCUUUAAUAAUUAUCUCUCAAGACUGUUCAUAGAUGCAAGCAUGAGCAAAUCAACGUAUUGGGAAUCUGUGUGCUCAAUGGAAGUAAACAAAAACCUACGGGAUGACACAGUUCACAAAAAAAACGUUUCUUGAUUUUUAUUAUCAGUCAGGUCCUUUUGCCACCCAAUAGAUUUAAUGUGGCUGUCGGCCAAAAAAUAUAAAACUGCCAUUCCACUGAGGUGUGUUUCAAAUGGUAACUGCUUGGGAAUUCCAGACACAUUCCUUGUGGUGCAUCUUGAAGUCUGUAAUUGCUAUUCUCAAAUAAGAUUUAAGGUUAUGUCUUUCAUAUUUUGGGGUACUAAGGCUAUAUGGAAAUACUGUGAUGGAAUUGGAGAGAGGCUUGGCAUGAAACCACCUCCUAUUAGUAGGGAGCCAGAGGGGACCCCAUUUCCUUUUAGAAUGUUUUUUUUUUUUUUUUUUUAACAAAUAAUUUGGAUUUUUUACUAGCAGAGAACUUUAAAUAUGUAAAAAAGCAGUAAUUUGAGAUCAAUUUGUUUAACCCCUUAAGGACACAUGACAUGUGUGACAUGUUAUGAUUCCCUUUUAUUCCAGAAGUUUGGUCCUUAAGUGGUUAAACUUUUUCUUGGCUCUUUUUCCCCACUUUUUUUUAGCAAACACUGAAUGCUUCUGAUUUGCAAAUGCAUUUCAAGACUAGAGUGUGACCUGUUUACUGAAUUCCUGCAUUUUAAAUUCUAGGAUUGUCUCCAAGGAGGCACAAGUAGAGGCUGAUUCAAACAUCAUACAUAAGCCUGCCCAAAAUUUGCUUCUCUUCUUUUAUCUUAUGAUCUGUAAUUUCAAAAGUAUUUUGUUUUCAUAUGCCAAAAUGUGAGGUCUUGGAAGGUGAGGUGCAGUGAUUUAUCUUUUCUACUAAAUAAAAGCAUAUUCCACUUACUGACAAUCACUGACAACAGUGUAUAGCAAACACGUCUAACAGGGUUAUUUACCAAAGUUAGAAUUUAAAGUGAAUUCAGAGAGAAUUUCAAAUUCAAAACCAUUAAUUAAUGUUUCCAUUUUGACUAUUUUGACCUUCAAUUUGAAAUUUUCAUUUUAAAUCAGAAUGAAGAAUAGAAUAGAUUGAUAUACUGUACAACAGGUUAUCAGUCCAGGUUACUUUGCAAAGUUCUUUCUAUCAUUACGCUUUAGAUUAAAACAUGUUUCAUGUUUUCCUGUAAAUAAUCACUAUGCACACAAUAGUGUAGUGAAAACGUAAUUCUUUUUUAUUUUAAUUUUAUUUAUUUUUUGGAGACGCUGGGAUGGAUUUUGUCAAUCUGUAUUUUAUUUAUUCUUACAGAAGGAAGAAAUGGAGUUAGCCAUAAUAUAUCAUGGGUGCAGUAUAAGCCAACAAUGACAUAAACUCCUAUGCAGAAACUACCUCAUUUUUUUGUAUAUUUAUUUUUCCCAAGAAAAAAAAUGCAGGAGAGAUAAUCAGAGGAGGGACAAAAAAAGGAAAACAUAUGUUGAACACAGUUCUACAUUACAUACUGUCUACGUUAAAACAGAAAGCUGUAUGUGAGUGUAAGAGGUAAAACCACUGAAAGUAUUGGGUCAAUUAACGAGUAAGUGUUAUAGCAAGACAUGCAAACAAGUAAAGCGAUACAAGCUAAGGCCUAUAUGAUUAUGCCGUAUUACAUCCUGGUGCCUGUCAUUUGCCCAGUAUAGCUAUGCAAGGGUAAACUAAAACAUAAUGCAAAUUAAAAGGUGUGUGGUGUCAUCAGUAUGGUGUGGGAGCAUAUGUGGGUCAUGGGUAUAGAUAUCUGCUAGCUUAAUAGCUGCGUGAGUGGUGCUUGCAGUCCAUGUGGAGGGCAGUUCAGCCUAUGUCCCGAGAUGGGAGGCCAGUGGCAGGUGGAUGCAUAAGUCCAUCGUGUCUUAGCGGGGGGCUCCAUUGGCUCCCAGUGUGUGGGCACGUCCACUCCGCUCCUCCAGGAGACACACAGUAGCCCACCAUGGGAGUAAGGCCCUGGAAGCAUCUCAGGGUGCACCAGCAGCCCUUCCCAGCGUGGAUUCUGUAAGAGUGCUAAAUCUGCAGAUAUGAGCGAGCCACGGCUGCCGCUUGUUCCCCGAGCUUGUUGGGGACUCUCGCUGGUUGCGUGGGUGAGGCCUCACCUUGUGGCAGUGACCAGCAUGCUGGGUCCGUGGGACAAGAUCUCCGACAAGAGCUCUUCCAAACAUGCCCAGAAACUGGCAAACACAGCCUCCAGAGAUACCACGAUGUUGCUGCUAUGUGCAGGUAACUCAGUAGAGUCAGAGGCCUUGUUCUUUGAUGUCUGAGUGCUUGCUCCCACAUAUUCAGUCAGUACAGGCCAUUCACCAUGUCCUCGUAUGGUGGCCAUCUUGGGACGCACGAGGCUGGGAUUCAGUGCAGGCCCGUCUGUUACUAACCGUGGCCAGAUCAGUGCGGACCGGGAUAUCCCUCGCCGGUCAAUGGAGGUAACUGGACUGUAGAUAGUGCUCACCGGGUCUGGAGAUUGGCCUCUUUCCCCGGGUUGCAAGGCUGCAGAUCCAGCAUGGGGUGAGUGCUUGUCUGACCGAGUUUAUCUGGGCACCGGACGGUGCAGGCUUAGUGAAGGACGGCCAGCUGCUGAAAGCAAUUGUUGUCUGCGUUGCUAAAGUGCGAUAUAGCCGGUAUAUGAAGCUUGUAUGGCCGGGGCUAACAGAAUGUGCGUCCAGCCAUCUUGAGUGUCAGGCCCCGCCCCCCAAAAACUUAAUUCUUAAUGUCUAUGCUUAUUCUUUCUUCAUUGGUUAUUAUCUUCCAAAACUAAAGGGUUGUGGUCAUAUCAUAUAAAAAUCUAAUAAUAGUUUCCGGCAUGGCAUUGUCAUCUGUUUAUGUGUAGAAGAUGAAUGCAAAUGGAAAGUAUAAAAUCUGAUCACUUUCUCACUGGAAUUCAGUUAUGUUUAUGAAGCAGUGCAAAGCAGUUCUGGGCCUGUCCAUGUGACACUAAUUGUAGAUCGACAUCUCUAAUAUAGCAAAGCGUAAGACAUUGAAUUUCAAAACUCGGGUCCCAACAUGUCUGGGACUUCAUAAAACACACACUGUAUUAAUUCUUAUUGGUGGAACGUUCUAAACACCGUAGCCACAUUGACUGCUAAGAGACGCCCUCUUGGGAGGACAGCACUCAAAUACUCCUUACACCAUAACAAUUACAAUAAGGAGCACCACAGUGUCCCUUUAAUAUAGUAAGUUAGUAUAAUGGUGUCGGUCUUACACUUGUGCAAACAAUGUAUUUUAUUUUGCUUCAAAAGAAAAAACAUUUUGUACAUGUUAACCUUUGUGCGUCUGAACCUUUUUUGAGAAUUUUUGGAGUUUUAGGAGUAAGCACUUUUUCUAACUAUGGCCUUGAUUUCAUAUUUUUGAUUAAAUUUUCAAAUGAUUUAAUAUUUUUGGAUAAACUUUUUAAAGAAUUUUUUCAAAAAUAUUAAAUUAUAAAAAAUAUAUAAUAUGUAAAAAAUAUAUCAGUUUUCAUAAUAUUAAAUAAUUUUAAAAAUGUACGUGUCAGAGAUGGUACAUGUAUGGAACUCAAGAGACAAGUGACUGCAAAAGACAGCAAAGAAAAAGGCAAGAAACAAAAUUAGUCUCAAUAUGUAGAGUGAAGUUAAAUGUGGUUUUAGCAGAUCACUGAGGUAGGAAACAGGUUAAAACAUUAUUUAAGAUGUUAAAACAUUAUUUCGGUAAUUUUCUUUCAGAUUGUGUUUUAUUCGAGUUUAUACAGAUACACCUUUUCCGUUUUCUAGAUAUAGCUAUGAGUGUACAGAGAAGUUGGGGUUGCUGGUAUUCUGUCAGUGGUGCGGUCGGUAGGCCCAAUAGCUUCAGGAAAACCUCUGGGUCAUCUGAUGAGGUUAGCGUGAGGAUGUCAUCCCCAAGUGUCACCUGAAGUAAUUCCUCCACUCCCCAGUGGUAUUUAAUGGAGCCCUCUCCUAGCCGCCUAGCCACCAGGACUGGUGUCCUCUUAUCACCUAGAACAGUGAUGGCGAACCUUUUUGAGCCCGAGUGCCCAAACCGUAAUACAUGCCAAUUUUUUCCCCUCAAAGUGCCAAAACGGCAUUUAAACCUGAAUACUGAGGUUUAAGUUUAGAAAAAACAACUCAUACAGUUGUCCGAACUAAUUAACAUCUCUGUGUGUGUAUUAAGCAGUUUGUGUGUGUGCUCGGCAGUCUGUCUGUAUGUGUAUUUAGCAGUCUGUCUGUGUACUUAGCAGUCUGUCUGUAUUUAGCAUUUCAUUUGGGCAUUUCUAAUGAGGUCACCACUCGACUUAGCUGUUGUACCUGUGAGGUAAGCUCUGUUAUCUUGUUUUUAUUUUCAUGGAUCAACCCAUCUCUGACUUCCUCCCUUUUUUCUACUGCUCUUACUUUUUGGUGUACCACAACCAUCUCUGUCUAUACUUCUCGUUCUUCUUUCCAGACUUGUUUGAGGUCUGUUAAUAGCCUUUUUAUGUCCCCUUUCGUCAAUGGGGAUGAAUCGUUAUCAGAUUCUGAGGACUGGUAUAAUUUUCCAGGCUCAGAUGAGGCAAGGGAUCUCUCUUCCUCCUGGGAGUCCUCGGAGGCCUCUGAUUCAGCAGGAGCUGCAGGCGCUAUCUUUGGAGGCACAGGUGGUGUAGGUGACAUGAAGGAGAGCCUAAAAUCUUAUGCCCAAUAUGUUUCUGGAUGCUGAUGUUUUUUAUUUCUGAACUCCAUCUUGUCUCUUGGGGGUGCAAGUUAUUGCGCCAGGUUUGUUAUAUUGUGGUGCUAGAGCAUCUGUACAGCUCCACUAACACGCGUCUGUGCAGCUUCUCUGUCAACCACUCCCCCUUAGGUAUUUAUUUUAAUUAAAUGUUUCAUAAGUAAUUUACUAUAACUUUACUAAAUAUUAUUUGGGAUAUUGCACAGUGUCAGUCAGACCGUGGAUUACAGAAACUAAUCCAUGGAUGACACUAUUAUUAUUUUUGUUAUUAUUUAUAUAGCUCCAACAAAUUUCACAGCACUUUACAAUGGGUGGACUAACAAACAUGUAAUUGCAACCCGACAAGUUGGACGUACAGGAACAGAGGGGUUGAGGGCCUUGCUCAAUGAGCUUACAGAGGGAGUGGAGUAAAGUGACACAAAAGGUAGGAGAAAAGGACAGGAGUAGAGAAGUAGAUUGGUAAAAUAGUAUUUACUGGAGACUUUUGGUGGUGUGUUUAUUAAUUACAUUUGCAGAGCAAUCAAUUGGGAGCUAUUAACAGUGUAAUUGAUACACUUUCGUGUUUUUUUUUUUUUUUUUGCCUGUUAAAAGAAAUAUAUAUAUAUAUAUAUAUAUAUAUAUAUAUAUAUAUCACGGACUGCUUAAAAAUUAUAGAUGGGAUAUCUUCAUAGUCUCAACUAUAGUAACAAAUCAAAAGGCUUCUGAAUCAACUCUACGCUUCACCCUUACUUGGCCAUCAAAAUGAGUAAUAGUAAUGCCAAUUCCCUUUACUAAAACCCCAGGGCAUGUGUAAAUUUGCUUUAUAAGUAAUUUGUUGCUAUAGUAUUUCAUUCAGUUUUCUGCAGAAAUUGCCAGGUAAAACACCACGUAUCAGGGAAUUCCACUGAUGGCUACUUUUGUCACAGUAGCGAAGAUUAACAAUUACUAACAUCCUAUACCAGGGACUACAUCUCCCAUAAUGCUCUUACAACCAUAAUGCUGGCAAAGCAUCAGGGGAGAUGUAGUCCAAAACAUCUGGAGUGCUUUAGGUUGCUUACCCCUGUCCUAUACUACAGCUGUAGUUGGGUUUAGAUCUACACUGAUAUGCAUGUGCAUGUAUGUGUCAGGGUCACCUCUUCCUCACCCUCACUGUUCUCAAUUCCACAUCCUAUCUACCCACACCAUGACUCAAAUCCAUAUCCUAUCUACCCACACCAUGACUCAAUUCCACAUCCUAUCUACCCACACCAUGACUCAAAUCCACAUCCUAUCUACCCACACCAUGACUCAAUUCCAGAGCCUAUCUACCUACAACAUGACUCAAAUCCACAUCCUAUCUACGCACACCAUGACUUAAACCCACAUCCUAUCUACCCACACCAUGACUAAAUUCCACAUCCUAUCUACACACACCAUGACUCAAAUCCACAUCCUAUCUACCCACACCAUGACUCAAUUACACAUCCUAUCUACCCCCACCAUGACUCAAACCCACAUCCUAUCUACCCACAAUACGACGCAAAUCCACAUCCUAUUUACCUACACCAUGACUCAAAUCCACAUCCUAUCUACCCACACCAUGACUCAAUUCCACAUCCUAUCUACCCACACAAUGACUCAAUUCCAUAUCCUAUCUACCCACACCAUGACUCGAUUCCACAUCCUAUCUACCCACACCAUGACUCGAUUCCACAUCCUAUCUACCCAAACCAUGACUCAAAUCCACAUCCUAAUUACCCACACCAUGACCCAAAUCCACAUCCUAUCUACCCACACCACGACUCAAUUCCACAUUCUAUCUACCCACACCAUGACUCAAUUCCACAUCCUAUCUACCCACACACUGACUCAAAUCCACAUCCUAUUUACCCACACCAUGACUCAAAUCCACAUCCUAUCUACCCACACCAUGACUCAAAUCCACAUCCUAUCUACCCACACCAUGACUCAAUUCCACAUCCUAUCUACACACACCAUGACUCAAUUCCACAUCCUAUCUACCCACAGCAUGACUCAAUUACACAUCCUAUCUACCCCCACCGUGACUCAAACCCACAUCCUAUCUACCCACAAUACGACGCCCACAUCCUAUACCCACACCUGACUCAAAUCCACAUCCUAUCUACCCACACCAUGACUCAAUUCCACAUCCUAUCUACCCACACCAUGACUCAAAUCCACAUCCUAUUCUACCCACACCAUGACUACCCACACCAUGACUCAAAUCCACAUCCUAUCUACCCACACCAUGACUCAAAUCCACAUCCUAUCUACCCACACCAUGACUCAAAUCCACAUCCUAUCUACCCACACCAUGACUCAAAUCCACAUCCUAUCUACCCACACCAUGACUCAAUUCCACAUCCUAUCUAUCCACACCAUGAUUCAAUUCCACAUCCUAUCUAACCACACCAUGCCUAAAUCCAUAUCUGCCAUAGCUAAACCCACAUCCGUCCCAUGCAUGCCAAUAUCUGCAUGCAGCCUAUUUACAUUGUGCCUAAAUCUCCAUCCUUCUCAUUCCGCUGUACCAAAUUCACAAUCCCACUGCCCAAAAUGCACAAUCCACAUGUUUCCCACCCACACAAAAAAACAUCCAACCACACUUAACUACUACAUUAAAAUUUUACAUGUUGACUAGGAUUAAAGAUUUUAAGAACAACCCCAUGGCUCCCUAAACAAAUGUAGAGAAAACAUAGAGUUGAAUCAAUCUGUUUCAUUUUAAUGAAUCCUUUCAUUUUAUUUAUCUCCAAACAGGCUCCAUGUCCGCAACCAGAAGAAAUGUAUGGAUCCUAACAUCAAGUCUCUGAGAAAGUGGAUCAAAAAACACCUUGCCGCAAGUGGAGUGUGA